UUUACUUCCUCAGCAGAUCUUCUAGGGAACCGCGACUGACUUUAAUUAUUGCAAUUAUUAACCAGUAUCCGACUCCCUUUUAUCUUACGACGUUCAAACUCUUCAACCUUACAUACAUACAAUUGAGACUCUAAAACACUUACCUACCUUGUCUUCCUUGGUGCGUCUUACCUGGAGAGAAUGGCAAUGUUAUGUAAGUGAGAGAAUAUCGUCGGAUUGCAGGGACGUCUUGGAUCUUCCGGUCGAAUCGGUAGACCUAGACCGAACUUAAGCUGCAAUACAAAUACAAAUACCACGUCCUCCAAAACCAGACUGCCGACCUAACAAGGAAUAUGUCUACUCUGGAACACGACGAUUCGGUCUCUUCUACGACAUGGAACCCUCGAACUUCCUCUCUCCCGCAUACACGUCUCCAUCCGCCAUCCUCCCCAUCUCCUGCUUCGAACGAACCCCUGCCACCUCCCGAUGCUACAACGUCCCAUUCUCCCUCUUCUGCAAGGUCAAACUCCGAGCAACCAACAGACUAUCUGAAUGGAGGACGGCCGCAUGAUAAUGCCUCCCCCCUUAGUGCCAUCUCAUCUUCAUUUUUGAGCCAGCCGGCAGCUUUGCGAUCUCCAUCUCCCCUGAGAAAUUCCGAGCUCCAAGGAUCGGAAGGAGAUGCUACUGCACAAGAAGAACCGACCUCUCCUGGGCGCCGUAGUGUGCAAUUUGCUCGCGCCGAUGUUUUAGUCGAUCCUCCUCGACAACAUGUCAGACAUGGUUCAUGGGAUGAAGGGGAUCCAAGGAAUAGGUCUCGUGGUGAGCGAUGGAUUUCGAAGCUGAGAUCAACCCUGGGUAGCUCGGGUGCCAUACAGCCACCCAAGUCUCCAGGCGCUUCUGAACAGACAUCCCACUCAGCUAACGCCUCGCCCGUCGUAGGCAGAUCCUACCGCGUCCCUGAUACCCUAGAUGAAGAGGAGGGGAGUGAUGCCGAUGUGGAGGCAAGUGCUGAUGAAAGUCAUGAUAGAGACGCGCCCAAGAGUAAAAGGAGGAGGAUGCGACGUCGCCUUAAGCAGUUAGAAAUGUUCACUGCCCCGAACUCUCCCCGCCUCCCCGAUGAUCUGGACUCUCCGAGACCAAGCCGCUUAAACACGAUGGUCAGGCGUUCGACAAUGCCUGAACCUGCCGAGCAUCGUGGUGGUAUGUCGGAGGGAGAAGGUCGCGACCACUUGACUGGUCGAAGGCCUGCGUGGACGCGUGGCAGCUCGUGGAUUGGUUCUCCACGGCCUGGGAAUCCCUCGGCUGAAGAUGUCGAGAAUGUCCAACCUCGUACCCCUGGCCACCGGCGCCGCAUCUCUGAGAUGUUUGGCGCGGGUGGGACGUCCGACGGCGGUGACUGGCUGACUACACCGAGGCGGCCGUUCUUGGGUGCCGAUCGGGCUGCAACGUUUGGCGUGCAGAGGUGGAAGCAGGUAAAGCAUACGCUGCGAAUGUUAGGGAAAAGAAGGACAGACCAAUUUGACUUUUACAAAUCCGCUGAGCUCAUGGCGGAACUACGAGCUGUGACGCCGGCUGUUGUCAUCCUUGCCAGUAUGUUGCAGAGAGACGAACAUGGGAACAAACGUAUACCUGUUCUUCUGGAACAGCUAAAUUUACGGGUUGUCGAUAGCCGCCCGGAAGAUAGCACGAGCGAAAGACAUACGAUAUUUACGAUCGCUUUGGAAUACGGUAGUGGAUUGAGCCGGAUGAGGUGGACCGUCACCCGUAGCGUCAGAGAGAUUUGGAAUAUCCAUUGGAAGUACAGGUUGUCUUUGAAGAACGACAUCACGCUUCAAACUACUACAAACCAGAAGAACCGUCCAAAGCAGCCUCGGUUCCCGCGAAAGGCAUUCCCUUAUCUGCGAACUUACCAAAACUUAGAGGAGUCCGAUGAAGAAGAAAAGCCACCGGGGACCAGAGCUGACGAGACGGUUGCUGAAGGUACCGCCGGAGAAGGGACUGCUGCCGAAGGCACGGCUAGCGAUAAUGAUAGACGCCCGAACGCCCAUAGGAAGAAAUCGCGCAUCAACACAUUUUUGCCACGACGACAAUCUUCGGGCCUCGGAGAUAAUGGUGAAACGUCACUGGCUAGUGUCCAGAAUUCUGCUGCUCUGAAGAAGAAAUACAUCGAGAGACAGAGGAAAACCCUAGAAAAGUAUCUACAAGAGAUGGUGCAUUGGCUGAUGUUUCGUGCUGACAGCAAUCGUCUCUGUAAGUUCCUGGAACUCUCUGCUCUAGGUGUGCGACUGGCCGCCGAGGGCAGCUUUCAUGGAAAGGAAUGCUAUUUGCAUAUUCAGUCAACGAAAGGCAUUGACUUCAGACGAGUGCUUAGUCCGCAAAAAGUCAUAGCGCGGCACAGUCGCAAGUGGUUUCUUGUCAGACAGAAUUAUAUCGCUGUCGUCGAGUCGCCGGCAACUAUGAAUAUAUACGAUGUCUACCUUGUGGACCCUUUGUUCCGUGUCGUAUCCAAGAAAAAUACCCUUAAAAGAUUUGGUGCGAAAUUGAAGGUCGAGGGAGAAAAGGGCGGCGACAAUGAUGAUAACCAUCUCACCGACGACGAGUCUCGUGGGAAACACCACACCCUGAAGCUAUACUCCGCAGAUCGGAAGAUCAAGCUAUUCUCCCGUAACCAGACUGUGCUACGCCAGUUCGAAGAGUCCGUCGUCGACAUGCUGAAGCAGACCCAAUGGCAUGAGCACCACAGAUUUGAUAGCUUCGCUCCUGUACGAAAAGCAGCAUUUGCCCAAUGGUUAGUCGAUGGGCGAGAUUACAUGUGGAACGUCUCUCGUGCCAUAAGCAUGGCGCAGGAUGUCAUCUACAUCCACGACUGGUGGCUAAGCCCUGAGCUAUAUAUGCGGCGACCAGCCUGCAUCAGUCAGAAGUGGCGGCUGGAUCGUCUGCUUCAGAGGAAGGCCAAAGAAGGUGUUAAAGUUUUCAUCAUCAUAUAUCGAAAUGUGGAACAAGCCAUUCCGAUAGACUCGGAGUACACGAAGUUCUCACUUCUUAAUCUUCACGAUAACAUUCUGGUCUUGAGGUCGCCAAAUCAAUUGAAGAAGAACCAGUUUUUCUACGCACACCACGAAAAAGUCUGCAUCGUCGACCACGAUGUGGCCUUCCUUGGUGGCAUUGACCUCUGUUUUGGCCGUUGGGAUAACCCGCAACACCCAAUCACGGACGAUCGACCAACAGGUAUGGAGCCGGAUGGGGACCGUCCCCGUGAUGCAGAGCACUGUCAACUUUUCCCGGGCAAGGACUACUCGAACCCGCGUGUCCUAGAUUUCUUCAAGCUCAAUGAGCCCUACGAGGAGAUGUACGAUCGGAGCAAGGUCCCGAGGAUGCCUUGGCAUGAUAUUGCCAUGCAAGUUGUUGGCCAGCCAGCGCGCGAUCUUACCCGUCAUUUUGUGCAGCGAUGGAAUUACUUACGACGUGAAAGGAAGCCCACUCGGCCGACACCUUUCUUGCUUCCUCCCCCCGAUGCCAAUCCGGUAGAUCUCGAGGCUCUCGGUCUUUCUGGGACGUGUGAAGUCCAGAUCCUGCGUUCGGCAGGUGAUUGGUCCCUGGGAUACCCAAAAGACUUGAGAGAGCAUAGUAUCCAGUCGGCAUACGUGAAGCUUAUCGAAGAAUCUGAGCAUUUCGUUUACAUGGAAAACCAGUUCUUCAUCACGAGCACCGAGACACUGAACACAAGAGUGGUAAAUCGAAUCGGCGACGCUCUCGUCGAGCGUAUUAUUAGAGCCCAUGAGAAAGACGAGGAGUGGCGGUGUUGCAUUCUCAUUCCUCUGAUGCCUGGCUUCCAGAACACAGUGGACCAAGCUGAGGGGAGCAGCGUACGUUUAAUUAUGCAAUUUCAGUACCGAAGCAUCUGCAGGGGGCCGAAUUCGAUCUUUGGCCGUUUACAAGCAGUAGGUAUUGAACCGGAAGAUUAUAUCUCAUUCUUCAGUUUGAGGCAGUGGGGCCGAAUCGGCGCCCAUAACCAGCUUGUGACGGAGCAACUAUAUAUUCAUGCUAAAACUAUCAUCGUCGAUGAUCGGGUUGUUCUGAUAGGAUCGGCUAAUAUCAACGAACGGUCAAUGUUAGGCAACCGGGACUCGGAAGUCGCCGCCAUCGUUCGAGAUACCGAUAUGAUGUGGUCGACGAUGGCAGGUGAGACUUACCGAGUCGGUCGAUUUGCUCACACUCUUCGCAUGAGAUUGAUGAGGGAGCAUCUCGGAUUAGACGUAGAUGAAAUAACAGAAGAGGAGAGACAAGCGGAGCUCAGUGCGGAAGCACGUUUUGAAGCUGAGAUGGGUCAAAUGUAUGGGGACGAUGAUGAGAGUCCGCCUGCGGAGGAAUUGGCGCAUGCAGGUCCGAGCGCAUUUCACCGAGCGACAAGCUUUAACCAUGAUGUUGCCAUUGAAGAACGUGAUCGCCCGUCUUCUUCUUCAUCCUCGUCGUCAUCCUCGUCAAGUUCGAGAAACAGGUCACCAGAACGUGAUCUUCGAGUACAUGGGAACGAGAAACAUGAUAGGGAUGUUGAGGGCUACGGCCCGGACCACUGGAAAGCAGCGCAAGCCAAGGGGAUUGAUCAGGGUAAUGAUUCCGCUGUCAUAAAUGGACACGAAGUCCUUCUCCACAGGGCUGGCCCCUCUAAUCAUAGGCUUGGUACCAAAUCCGGCGAACCGCAUCCCGACGGCUCUUCUAAAGGUUCGUCUCAACGUGAUCUUGGUAAGGGCAAUGAAGAGCUUCCCCCGGCCCAGCUAGACCCAUCACCUAGAUCCCAGCUACCACACCACGGACAACUUCCACCAUUACCAGUGCUGGACGAUACCGAUAUAGGGGGCCCCCCAAUGCGCCUAGACGAGUCCGGGAAGCCUACGAAUGAGCCGCUGAACCCCCUAGUCGCAGAUAUCGUCCCUACUCGAGUCGACAAGGACUGUAUGCGCGAUCCAGUUAACCCUGCAUUUUGGGAUGAUAUCUGGACAAGAGUUGCGUCGAAUAACACGAAGUUGUACCGCCGAGUUUUUAGAUGUAUGCCCGACAGUGAUGUAACCACAUGGAAGGAAUACAACGAAUUUGAGGACUAUGCGCGUCGAUUCAAAGAGAGUAUGGCAGGUUCUAGGAAUGACGAGUCUGAAAUCAGCCCUCAAAUGAGCCAUCUUGGUGGAGUGGCAGCAGGCAUCGCAGCGCCCGCUGCGGCACAAGGAGCUCCUGAAGUUUCUGAGAAGCUUCGCGUUGACCAGCGCAAUGAAGGCAAUCCAAAGGUUGUGAUAUCUAACGGAAGCACGGGUGCCCUGAAUGAAAAGGUUCCAAUGUCCGAAGGCGGCCAUGCGUCAGAGGACGCGAGGCCUGACCUCGGCAUCGAGACAGAGAAGGUUCGUACAAAGAAUUCCGUCGAACCACCAUCGCCUGUACAGCCUGCCGGAGAUACUCCGUUUCCGGCGUACGAUGGCCAAGUCGACACGGCGCAUUUGGAUCCUCAGAGUGAAAAACGAGACCGGAGGGCAACUUUCUCGUCAUGUGAGAAAUCAGCACCAGAAUCCGGAACCACGACCAAUCCCUACAAUCAUAACUCGACGAGACGUCGCCGACGAGCCACUACUAAGGGUAGUCGACGCGGACCUGUCUUUCCGUACGAGCUUCUCGGCCGUGAGGAGGCUGAUGAGUUGUGUGGUAUGAUCCAGGGGACCCUUGUUCAAUUCCCGUACGACUGGCUUGAAGCUGAGGAGAAGGAUAACCACUGGCUAUACCAGGCUGACUUGCUGGCGCCCAAGGAAAUCUAUGACUAAAUAUCCUUAUCAUCCCCUGCGUCUCCAAAUCA